UCGACGCACUGAGGUCAGUGCUUCACCGUUUGUUGACUAGCAGACAACUCGUCGUUAAGGACACCACCUCUUCUCAUCGUCAGAUCGAUCCACCAUCUUGAAGAUUUUCGCGGAACUCCUGCAGCCCUGGUGACAGACGUAAUCACCUGAAAAUCGAGUUCAUCUGACAUUCAAGGAAAUGCCGCCAAUCAAGCCGAAGAAAAAUCGCGGCAAAGGGUUCACGGCAUGCUGCGAUUACUCGAGCUCCGAUUCUGACUCCUACGACUCGGACGAAAGCUGCAGCUGCACCGAUUCCGACUGUGAACCGAGGCGUCGUAGGAAAGGAAAAUCGAGGAAGAAAACACAGUCGAAAAAAAUCAAGACAAAGUCGAAGUCUACUGCAAAAGGGGGCAAGUCCAAGAGGAGGAACGGGCGGAAAAACGACGUGUCGUCUGCCUCGUCGUGCGACUGUUCGGAUUGUUGGUCGGACAGCGACUCGGACUCAUCCUUCGAAAGCUGCUCAUUGGCCUCCGGAUGUCCUCCAAGAAGAUCCGGCAAAUCAUCGUGCAAGUAAACGAUCGCUUUUGAAACCGUCAAAUUGGAUCGUUCGAUGGUAGAGCGACGAAUUGAUCCAUCGAAGUUCGAAUACCAGGCUUGGUCCUGUUCGGAGCAGAAGUGAUGUCGUGGAAUCAGCUUUUUUCUUCGUUUAUUUUGUCACUUUUCGCUCCGUGUCACCGUUUUGUGCCAUAAAUAUUACUGACGUAAUCUAUCUGCAGCGCGUCAUUGACUGAAUUGUUCCUUUCUGAUGAAACUUUGACUCCUUCAAAUUGAUAGCCACUUUAAUUUGUCGUAUGAGUAUCUGUGCUGAAAUAUCAUCGAAUUCAACGUGUCACUGUUAUUUUCAUUGUAUUAAUUUAUACGCGAUAUCGUUGUGAAUUCAUUACGUCAUCAAUUUACCAAAGCAGAAAGCUGUAGAAAUUCGUUAAACGCUAUAUCAUAUUGUCGCGAAUUCCUGCAGUGCUACUCCAGAUUAGAUUGUGUGGGUAAUGCAUGUCUUCCCAUACUGUUUGCAGCUGGCUGCGUUUCUAUUUAUCAUAAAUUAUUUACAUUUAUAUUACGUUGUAUUAGAAUAUUGUCAUCGUGUUAUAA